UUUACACCACCCUCUCCUUGCUCUCUCUGCACAGACGGGUCUAUGAGCAGCAUGGCGAUGAAGAGCUCCGCCACAAUAGUGAUUCUUUUGGCUGCUGUGCGCAUUUCUCACUUUUCUCCAACGCCUGUCUAUUCGGCAGAAGAGGAAUUUGAAUUCAAGUUAUGGAUGUCCCAGCACAACCGAGUGUAUGGUCUGGAGGAGUACUACCACAGACUGCAAACAUUCACAGAGAACAAGAAAAGGAUUGACCACCACAAUGCAGGAAACCACAAAUUCACAAUGGGUCUGAACCAGUUUUCUGACAUGACCUUCGCUGAGUUCAGGAAGUCCUUCCUGCUGACUGAGCCUCAGAAUUGCUCUGCCACAAAAGGGGGUCAUGUCAGCAGUAAUGGCCCAUUCCCUGAUUCGGUGGACUGGAGGGAAAAGGGGAACUACGUCACACCUGUGAAGUACCAGGGUGCCUGUGGGAGCUGCUGGUCAUUCUCUACCACAGGCUGCCUGGAGUCUGCCACUGCCAUUGCUUCCGGAAAACUCCUGCUUCUGUCAGAGCAGCAGCUGGUGGACUGCGCCCAGGCCUUCAAAAACAAGGGCUGCAACGGCGGACUUCCUAGCCAGGCCUUUGAGUACAUCAAAUACAACAAAGGACUCAUGACAGAGGACACCUACCCAUACACAGCACGUGAAAGCACCUGCAAGUUCCACCCUGACCUGGCAGCUGCAUUCGUGAAGGACGUCAUCAACAUAACAAUGUUUGAUGAAAUGGGCAUGGUGGAUGCCGUGGCCAGGUUGAAUCCCAUCAGCGUUGCGUAUGAAGUGGUAGAUGAUUUCAUGCACUACAAGGACGGGGUGUACAGCAGCACCACGUGUCGCAACACCACGGACAAAGUGAACCACGCCGUCCUCGCCGUGGGGUACGGCUCCCAGGACGGGACCCCCUACUGGAUAGUGAAGAACUCCUGGGGAACGACGUGGGGGAAACAAGGGUAUUUCCUUAUGGAGCGGGGGAAGAAUAUGUGCGGAGUGGCGGCCUGUUCGUCCUACCCCCUCCCUCUGGUGUGAAUCGCGAUGCCCCCAUUUCGGAGAGUCAAAGAGUAAAAGGGAAACUACAAGCAAGACGUAAAAUUCUAAUGAAGUGGUUCUUUGUGUACGGGUAAGAGAACAAGAUGAACUGGCCCUGUGACAUCACCUGAUCUUCAGCACACUGGUGCCAUUGCUGGGGAUGGGUGGGGUGGGGUGGGGCUGGUCUUCAUGUUGGAAAUGCCUUGUGUGGAGGCCUCCAGGGGCUUAAAUACGCAGAGACUGCACUCAGCCACAGUGUCUGUGCAUUUAUAAAGAUCCUGUGAUGUCACAGGAGCCACAAGCCAUUACAUGUACUGGUGGUGUUCACUAUGCACUUUUU